AUGUAUAGUGCAGGGGCAGUCCACGAGUGGGGCAGUCCACGAGUGGAUGUUGAACUGGAUGCGGAACUGCAUCCAGUUCAACAUCCAAUCGAGGAUUCCUCCUGUCGGAUCCCCCAGAUUAGUUAUGCGUCCACGGCUCCAGAGCUGAGUGACAAAAGUCGUUAUGAGUUCUUCUCCCGCGUGGUCCCUCCUGACUCCUACCAGGCCCAGGCCAUGGUGGACAUCGUCAAGGCUAUGGGGUGGAACUAUGUAUCUACACUGGCCUCAGAAGGAAACUACGGUGAGAGCGGCGUCGAUGCCUUCCUCCAGAUUUCUCGAGAGGCAGGAGGUCUAUGCAUCGGCCAAUCCAUCAAAAUCCCCCGAGAGCCGAAACCAGGUGGGUUUGAUAAGAUCAUCAAGAGACUAAUGGAGACCUCUAAUGCUCGUGGGGUCAUCAUCUUUGCCAAUGAGGAUGACAUCAGACGUGUCUUGGAGGCAGCAAAGAGGGCCAACCUGACGGGUCACUUCCUGUUUGUGGGCUCUGACAGCUGGGGGGCCAAGAGCUCCCCCAUCCUGGACCAGGAGGAUGUGGCUGAGGGGGCUGUCACCAUCCUCCCCAAGAGGGCCUCCAUCGAUGGGUUCGACAACUACUUCACCUCGAGAUCUCUGAAAAACAACAGAAGGAACAUCUGGUUUGCAGAAUACUGGGAGGACGACUUCAAAUGUAAACUCACUCGACCAGGUAUCAAGUACGACCUUGGUAGAAGAAAAUGUACAGGGGAAGAGAGAAUCGCACAGGAAUCUCAGUACGAGCAGGAAGGGAAAGUACAGUUUGUGAUAGACGCGGUGUAUGCCAUGGCCCAUGCCUUACACAGCAUGCACCUGGACCUCUGUCCGGGCUCCAUGGGCAUCUGUGAGAAGAUGGACCCAGUGGAAGGGAGUCAGCUGCUCCAUUACAUUCGCUCAGUCAACUUUAAUGGCAGUGCAGGGACUGGGGUCAUGUUCAAUGAGAAUGGAGAUGCUCCUGGUCGCUAUGACAUCUUCCAGUUCCAACUUUCCAACACCACCAACCCUGGCUACCGGUGUAUUGGCCAGUGGACAAACAAUCUGCGACUCAAUGCUGAGGAGAUGCAGUGGUCGGGUGGGGACCGUGCAGUCCCUGACUCUGUGUGCAGUUUCCCCUGUGAGCUAGGAGAGAGGAAGAAGAUGGUGAAGGGUGUACCCUGUUGCUGGCACUGCGAACUGUGUGACGGAUAUCAAUACCAGCUGGAUGAGCUAAACUGUGACAUGUGUCCCUUCGAUAUGCGUCCCAUGCCAAACCGAACGGGCUGCCGGUCCACACCCAUCAUCAAACUGGAGUGGAGCUCCCCCUGGGCCAUCAUCCCUGUGUUCCUGGCUGUCCUGGGCAUCCUGGCCACCUCCGGAUGCAUCAUCACCUUCAUCCGCUUUAAUGACACCCCCAUCGUCCGAGCCUCCGGUCGGGAGCUCAGCUACGUUCUCCUGACAGGCAUCUUUCUCAUCUAUCUGAUCACCUUCCUCAUGAUCGCAGAGCCCAGCGCCCCAGUGUGUGCAUUCCGCAGGCUGCUGCUMGGCCUGGGCAUGUGUAUUACCUACUCAGCUAUGCUCACCAAGACCAACCGCAUAUACCGUAUCUUUGAGCAGGGCAAGAAAGCAGUCACCCCACCUCCGUUCAUCAGCCCUGCUUCUCAGCUGAUCAUCACCUUUAUACUCAUUGGAGUGCAGUUACUUGGCAUUUUCAUCUGGUUCGGAGUGGUGCCCCCACACACCAUCAUAGACUAUGAGGAGCAGCGGCCGCCCAACCCAGAGUUUGCACGUGGGGUCCUGAAAUGUGACAUGUCCGACCUGGCCCUGGUCCUCUGCUUGAGCUACAGUAUCGUGCUGAUGGUGACCUGCACUGUGUAUGCCAUCAAGAGCAGAGGGGUGCCAGAGACCUUCAACGAGGCCAAGCCCAUUGGCUUCACCAUGUACACCACCUGUAUCAUCUGGCUGGCCUUUGUGCCCAUCUUCUUUGGUACAGCACAGUCUACUGAGAAGAUGUUCAUCCAGACCACCACCCUGACGGUGUCCAUGAGCCUGAGUGCCACUGUGUCCCUGGGCAUGUUGUACAUCCCUAAGGUCUACGUCAUCAUCUUCCAACCGGAGCAGAACGUACAGAAACGCAAGCGCAGCUCCAAGGCUGUGGCUUCCACAGUGACCUCACAACUCUCCCAGAAAGACGACAAGCAGAACGGAGAGUCCAAAAGUAGUGCCAUAGUGCCUGACCGAUCACAAUAAUCCAGCAUGAAGCCAUAGAUGAAUACGACACCUGGCACCUAACAGAUGACAGUUUAUAAUGGUCUCUCUUGGCAAAGCACUCCCUGACAUGCAGAGAGGGGGCUCCCGAGUGGCGCAGCGGUCUAAGGCAUCKCUACAGACCCUGGUUCGA